CCGAAUCACGUCUUUAGAUCUCUAAUAAAAUCAUAUUUCCCCUAUAUCCAUGGAACUAUAAAUCGUAAAAAUGUCUCAACGGGCUUUACCGGUUCUAUUCAUCAACCUUGGAGGUGAAAUGUUGUAUAUUUUGGAUCAGCGACUACGAGCUCAGAAUAUUCCCGCGGAUAAAGCACGUAAAGUGAUGCAUGACAUUGUGAAGACAAUGUUCAACCAACGCUUUGUGGGGGAGCUCUUCAAACCUCAGGAUAUCUACUCUAAGAAAGCGAUGAGGACUGUGUUUGAUCGUCUGGCCCAUGCCUCCAUCAUGAGACUAAACACCGCUAGUAUGGACAAGUUGUAUGACCUGAUGACCAUGGCUGUCAAGUACCAGAUCUCACUUUGUCUGAGACCUAAGGAUAUCCUACUUGUCACUCUCAACCACAUGGACGCUAUCCGUAGCUUCGUCUGUGAUAAUCCUACCCUCAAGGCUGGCGUAGAGGGCGUUUGUCGUCUGCUCUUGAAGACGUUUACUUUUGUAACAUUGGGAGAGUUCCAGCUAAUACGACAGACGCUUCUAGGCUUCUUUCAAGACAUGCAUAUUAGGGUGUCAAUAUUCUUGAAAGAGAAAGUGCAGAGUUCGAAUGGCAGGUUUGUUCAUUCUCUGGGCGGCACUGUCCCCUAUGGCACCGAGAUUCCAGGAACCAUCAGAUAUUUCAACCGUGAUGGGAAGCAGGUCGAGACGGAAGAGUUUUCAUUCCAAGGAAGGUACGUUGCGUCCUUCAAGGAGGGGUCAUUUGAGAUGGAAGGUGACCGGGUCAUCAAGCUAGGUAGGAACAUGUACUGCUCGGCCAAGACGGGAGAGGCAACGGUCAUGGGCGACUCAAGCAGCAGGAACAAAUCAAAAGCAUCCGCAGAACAUGCAUCAGCUAAUCCUAAUCCCAUGGUGAAAGCAGAGCUUAAUCUCCUAGCUCAUCUGAUGGGUGCAGUAGAGAAGAAAUCAUCAGGCGGUCCUGGCAAAGAAAAUGAUUUCAGGAUCAGCAUGUUCAAUACGGAUGAAGAGGAAGAGAAGUUUGCAGCUACUCGUCCUCCACCAGACAUGUAUGAUGUCAAGGUCAUUAACAUAGACGCAUCAAAGAUUCAGACGAGCGAGGAGCUGAGUAGAAUAAUGGGAGACAUGGCUAUACCCGAUGCCUCUGGUCCAUCCAGUAAGGGUGAUGACCUUUUAGAAUUGAUGGACAGCGCAUCAUGAGGUCAAAGGUCACAGUAGUUUUAAGAUUAUAUGUUGAUGUAUACAUUCUGUAACGUGCCAUGAUGAUGAUCGAUACGUGCGCUAUAUAAGAAUCCAAUAUUAUUAUUAUUAUUAUCAUAUCGUUCUAUGAGACUGCUUGUGAUAUUUGUGCUGCUCCAGCUAUCGAAAACUUCAGUCAUUCUUAUUUAAGUCUCAAGAUUCAACAACGUAUCUAUUUAUACAUUCAUCACAAGGGCUCUAAGAAAAUCAUUGUUCAGUGCCUGUUUGGCAAUUUUUGCAAACUUGCCGUUGUGUCACUGGAUUCGCGAACUACCGUAGACGCAUACAGGAGAUAUAUUUGUUCACGAAACCAGCUGAUAAAGCUGUACACCAUGUUGCUUCUGUAUUGAAAGACACUGCCUAAUAUUUCUGACUGUCCAAGUGCAUGUAGGGUAAUUUAGAUAGUAAAUUGGCAUUUCAUACAAAAGCAUCGUGCACAUUUUAUAUGGACAUAUAAUUGAUGAACGUAGAAUGUAUAUUGUAUACAUUACUUGGUAGAUGACAUGAAUUUCAUUUUGAAUUUAGGAGCGAUGUCAAUUCUGCAUACAUGUUUAUACAAAAAUCUAGGAGUGGUAAUUUGUUUUUCCUUUUUUGUGUGUGAGUGUUUGUUUUCAAGUUGCUGUCACUUUAAAAACACAGUACUAGCAGUUUGUUAUAGCUAUAUGAAAGCUAAUUACUUAAGAAUUUCUACCACUCUUGCAACCUGUGUGAAUUAUAUGCACUUAUAUGUAGAUGAUUGUGAAGUAAGAAUAAUGUCUGAUGUUCAGAAUGCAAAUCAAAGAGGUUUUUAUUUGAGAGUAGUUUUGUUUUGAAGGUAAAUACAAUGUUAAUCAAGGUCAUAGGUCAUGAGGAUUAUAUUGACUGUUAUAGAGCCAGAAGGGUAUUAACAUACUGUAACACAGAUCUAACACCCUUCUGGCUGUGAACAGACAUCAUGUUUGUUUGUUGUUUUUUUUUUUUUUCAUAGUACAACUAGAUGUACUAAUACUGAAAUCGUCAGUUAGGAGACAGAAUAAUCUUGUACAGACUUGACACACUUCUGGCUCCAGAGACAAAAUAUCGUUGAGUGAGGCAUUUUCUCCACAUCGCUACUCUCCACCCAUGUGAACAUCAAGGUCAUAAAUCUCAUUUUUCUGCAAGGAAAAUAUAUUUAUUUACACUGGCACUUUAAGAUAUAAUUAUUGCACAUGCUUUUACACAAACCCUGUAUGAAAAAUCCAUCAAUAUUCAACAAAGAAAAUUGAAAUUUAUGACAGGUUCAGUACAAAGUAAAUGGGAGGGAUGCUUAAAAUGUGCAAAUUUUUUACUUUGCAAACAUAUGAUCAACUCUUACUGAUCUGUUUCCUUAAUGUUAUUAUUUUUUGCAUUUAUUAAGACCAACUUAGUAGAUCACUAUCAUAAACUUUGGCUAUUUUUAUUUUGUUUUGUUUUGUUUUUGUUGUUGUUUUAUAUUUUUCAUAUGCAUUAUUUUGGGUGCGACAUAUUUUUCUUUGAAGAUGGUGGAGUGUUCCAAGCUUCACGUAACUUUUGUGUGAUGUUUUAAAUAGUAGUUACCCUAUAGAACCGUCCGUUGGGGUUUGUGCAUUUACAAUGUAGUCUUACGUGAAACAGAUAUUUCUGUUAAUGUUUUGUUACUUUUCUGCCUGUAUUAAUAGACUUUCAACUAUUCAUGUAUAUUAUAUAUCUGCUGAAGGGAAUGUAAAAGAGACAAGAUUUAUAUUUUUCCCAGGUCUAGAUUACUUUAAAUUGUAACUGUGUGUCCUCUGAAAUUGAAAGUAGAUUUAAUUUGCUCAUUUAUUUUCAUUGCAUUUCCACUCUGAUAUGAUGAUCGUAAUCAAUGCCAUGAGUAUAUUUCUCAAUUAAAAGCGAUCCAAAGAUAGCAACUUGCACCAAACAGAUUUAUGUUCUUUCACUUUAGUUGGAUUGAGUGAUGAACAAAAUAAUUGCGGGAUACAUAGUUUAACUUAGUCAUGAAACUUUGUUUUAACAUCAUAAUAAUCGUAUAUGCAUUUUAAGGUUGUGUUUCCUUUUAUGACAUUCUAAAAAGUACUGUUUGAUAAGAAUGCUUGUAGCUUCAAAUUGAUAUUCAUGUGAAGCUAUUGCUAUCUUUUUUAAUUGUAUACAAUGAUAUACAGUGAUGGUUACCAAUGGACCAAAAUUGAAUUUCAUUUCAUGAAACAAUGACAAUGAUAUUAUGUUGAGCAUUGUUGUCAGUUAAUAACUUAAACUAUAUAUAUUUAUACAGGUGUUUGAAGUAUAUACUGUAUAUAUAUUCAACAUUCCAAAAUUGUGUAUUCCUGCCCAGACAGAAAGCCUCAUUCUCUUCUAUCAACGGUUAUUCCACUGAGAAUACUUAACAUGGUUCCCAUCAACUGCCUUCCCAGAGGGGAAAGUUAACUCAUGUCUAUUUUAUCAUGAAAGAAUUCACCAUAUCUGGGGCUCGUUGCACAAAAUUUACCAUUGAUUGUAACUUCGCCAUUAAUGGUAACUACCAUGGAAAUCUUGAUUUUGAUUGGCUGUUGAGCCCUGUUACCAUGGUAGUUACCAUUGAUGGUAAAGUUACCAUCAAUGGUAGGUUUUAUGCAAUGGGGCCAAGAUGAUUUAUUUUUUCCUGUUUCAUUUCUGCCAGCUUUGAAGUGUUACUUGUGUCUCUUGCGUUUCUCCAACCCAUCCAGUUCAUGGGGUGAUGUCUAGCUUGAUUUUAUGAUCUUUCUUUGGUCUUAACUCAGCUCUGUGAAGUACCUUUAUUGAGCCAGAGCCAGAGGGUAUUAAUUGUGUUACCGCAUGAGUUGACAUUCUUCUUACUCCCAAACAGAGCUAGUUGAGUCCAUAACAUUACUUUUAUCCCUUCAAAAUUCCUCAAUCUUUCAUAAAAAGCUAAAACUCAAGUAGUCAAUAGUUUGUUAUGAUGUCACAAUACCUUGAAAUAUCUCGAUUGAAUCAAUCCAUCCAUUGCAUGUAGAAUCUUGUUUCGGCUUUUCUUUUUAAGUCAAAUGUGAUAAUCUGAAAUUUACACCUUGAUUUUUGUUCAUUAUGAUUAGAGGUAGAAAUAUUUCUGAUCGAGUUCAAUAUGUUGUCGCUUGUUGGUGUCACUUGAAAGAAUAUUACCCUUGAUGUGAGCCUCUGCUUAGCAGUGAGGGCAUUAUCUCCAUGUAAAAUAAUAUGACUUUCAUCUUAAGUAUUUAUAAGAACAUACCAUUUAUAUGUACUAUACGGUUAGCACUGCCUGUAUGUCGAAAUAUAUGUUAUUAUCCUUCACAUUAAAUGUAUGGCAACAUUUGACAUUGUGGACAAUUCUAUGUGCUGAAUAUAUAUAUUUUAUGAUGUUUGUGCAGUGAAUGUUACAGUGGGCACUGUAAAAAAAACUUCUUGCAUUCUAUAGUUAAUAAAUUAUGAACAAAACCA